AUGUAUCGUGUGGAAAGCAGCGACCAAGAUUCCGAGUUUGUGUCACCGACACCUGAUGCCACCUCGCCCAAAGUCUGGUACACCAAGGUGCUCUUCGGCUUCCACGUCGAAACUUUCGUGGCUGCUUGCUUCGCUCUUAAGUCUCUGGACAUCAUCUUCGGCAGUGCUGGUACCACUGGGCUCAUAGCCAACAUCUGGUCCGCGCUGGUCCUCAGGGAAAACAUAGGCAGCACCCCUAUGGAUCUGGAGGAAGAAUUCGGACUUGGCUGUGAAUAUCAGAGGGAAAGGAAGAAAAGAGGCAAGGCUUCCCGGAAAGACCUCGCCCAGCAAGCUGCUGCCCAAGCAGCUUCGCAUGGUGGUCGUAAGUCCCCGUCGUCAGGGGCAGAGAACAACCAAGCCGACGAGCACACGGGAUCAAAGCCAGAGGAUGCCCUGGCGAACAAUGUCAAUAACGGGAGCGAUGGGGAUGACGAAGAGGGCUCUCGAAGAGAAGAAAGGCUGGGAAGUUUGGACAGCGAGCCGGACCUGGGAGGGCAAUCAUCCCACAUCGCUGGCCAUCCUGGGGCUAUGGAGCGCGAUCAUCUUGAAAACCAAGGUGCAUUCGACCCGAGCAGCUAUGCCAAUAUUCACAACCCGUACGACCGACAGGCGAUGAACGUCCACAUGAUGAAUACGGCAGCUCAUCCUGCCUAUGGUGCCAAUCAGAGCAAUAUUUCGGCCUACCCAAACAUACCCUACGGCCUGCAAACACAAAAUCCGACGGGGUACGCGCCCAAUGCGGCGACCUUUCGGAUGACGACUAGCCCUCUCAGUGCAUAUCCUAUAGCUGGUGACGGCCCAUCACCCGGAUGGAUGAACAUGUCAUCUCCGCCUCAACAAUACCAGAACCAUGUCCCUCCACCCAGCUACCACGGCUCCCAGCUUCGAUACCCCGUCUUGGAGCCUCUGAUCCCUCACCUAGAAACCAUCAUACCCCUGCCACUUGCAUGCGACCUGAUCGACCUGUACUUCUCGAGCUCGUCCUCCGCACAGAUGCAUCCGCACUCGCCGUACGUCUUAGGCUUCGUCUUUCGAAAGCGAUCGUUCUUGCAUCCGUCAAAGCCUCGCAGAUGUCAGCCGGCACUGCUGUCAAGCAUGCUCUGGGUCGCCGCACAAACGAGCGACGCUCCCUUCCUGACCAGUGUCCCCUCUGCUCGCGGGCGAAUCUGCCAAAGACUUUUGGAGCUGACCGUCAGUCUGCUGAAGCCGCUGAUUCACACGCCAUCGGGAGAUUCAUCGCCAGUUGCUAGCCCGGCUGCUAUUGACGGUGCUGCUCUGGGAGGCUUGGGUGUUGCGUUGCCUGGUACAAUCAGCAUGGAGGCCUUGACUAGUGAGACUGGCCCAUUCGGUGCAGCAGGGACUCUGGAUGAUGUGGUGACCUACAUACACUUGGCAACAGUUGUCUCUGCUAGCGAGUACAAGGGAGCCAGUCUUCGGUGGUGGAAUGCCGCGUGGUCGCUUGCACGUGAACUGAGGCUAGGUCGCGAACUUCCACAGUCAAUGAGUGCACCCGAGAACGAGAACGAAGGAGCAGAAGACCAGUCGGAAGUGUCGGGUCUGAUCACGGAGGAGGAGCGAGAGGAAAGGCGGCGCAUCUGGUGGCUUGUCUAUAUCGUGGACCGCCACCUUGCCCUCUGCUAUAACCGACCUCUCUUCUUGCUCGAUAUCGAAUGUGAUGGGCUCCUGCAGCCCAUGGACGACACCGCGUUUCAAAACGGAGAAUUCCAGCCCCAGCCCUCGCCACUCACAGAUCCUAGUGUGCUUGCCUCGGGCUCAUCCGCGUCGCAAUCACAGGCAAGGGCCCGUGGUCCUUCGUUCGAAUGUAACGGACACAGCAUAUAUGGCUACUUCCUCCCCCUGAUGGCCAUCUUGGGCGAGAUUGUCGACCUCAAUCAUGCGCGCAAUCACCCUCGUUUUGGGGUCGGGUUCAGGUCGGCUCGCGAAUGGGACGGGCAAGCGCUUGAGAUCGAACGGCAUCUGCAGGUCUACGAGCAGAGUCUGAAGAAAUUCGCCCAGCGGAGUCUGGGUACGCACAGCACGAGCACGUCGGACGACCCAGAUGAGAACCACAACGAGAGUCUCGGUCCUGUGGAUGCCGGCACACCUUCGGUGCACUCUGUGCACAGUGUCCUGACGAGCGCCAGCAGGAUGACGGAGUCAGAGAUCCAGACGCGGAUCGUUAUGGCUUACGGGACACAUGUCAUGCACGUGCUACACAUCCUACUCACAGGGAAGUGGGACCCGAUUAACCUGCUCGAUGACAAUGACCUCUGGAUCAGCUCACAAGGGUUCAUAACCGCCACGGGACGCGCCGUCUCUGCGGCCGAGGCCAUCAGCCACAUACUCGAAUACGACCCGGGGCUGGAGUUUAUGCCCUUCUUCUUCGGCAUUUAUCUCUUACAGGGCUCGUUCCUGCUGCUGUUGAUAGCCGACAAGCUACAGAGCGAGGCGUCGCCGAGCGUUGUUAGGGCCUGUGAGACAAUCGUUCGGGCGCACGAGGCUUCAGUAGUGACACUCAAUACCGAGUAUCAGCGGAAUUUUAGCAGAGUCAUGCGCAGUGCCCUGGCGCAGGUCCGCGGCCGCGUACCAGAGGAUCUUGCGGAACAGCACCACCGUCGACGCGAGCUCCUAUCACUAUACCGUUGGACCGGUGACGGAACAGGCCUAGCUUUAUAA